AACACGACGCAGGGGGAGAGGGUCCCUCAACGGAGACUUGUGAGCCGUCCGUGGGCAAUUGUUGGCACUGAGGAAGGAGUGGCGGCAACGCCUGCUCGCAACGACAUCUGGAGCCAGCCCUAAUCGCCUUGGAACGAGAAGACAGAGAUAGAGAGGAAAAAAGGUGUGAGAGAGCGGAAGAGCUUUUUUUGUUUGGCGCGGGGGCCGGGCUGCGUGUACCGCGAGAGAGGGCGGUAGUACCAAGGUUAGUGGACGGGCCAUGAAGAGGUUUACCGGCUGGAGAAGCUCCGCGGCAGAGGACGACGGCCAGCAGGCGUCGCCGCCGGAGCACUCCCCGACGAGGUCCCAGCUCUCGAACCACUCGACCAGCAGCCGGGGGGCCAGCAGCAGCCUCCGAUCGGCCUAUACGGCAUCGAAGUCAAGGGAGCAAAGCCCUGCUCGAUUCGGGGCCGCGUCCGCCGACACGCUAGGUGCGGCCACGGGCAGCAGCGGCGGGCCCGUGGUUGCCGUGUCGAGCAAGAAGAUGCUCAAGAUCGGAGCGAACGUGCGGUUUCGCGGGGACGUGAUGGAGUGCAACACGGUCGUCCUGUGCGGCCGACUACAGGGUUUCGUAGAGACUCAGCGGAUGACCAUAAGGGAAGGCGGGAUGUUUAUUGGCGACGCCAAGGUAGAGGAGGCGGACGUGUACGGGUCGUUAGAUGGGUCGCUGGAGUCUACCGCGAAGGUUUCCAUCCGUUCCACGGGAUCAGUCUCUGGCAACGUGAUCUACAAGAAGAUGACGUUGGAGGAUGGUGGGGAACUCGAAGGGACAUUCGAGUGCAGCAGGGCAGGCGGGAGGCUACGCAACAGGGAAGGGUCGGCGACGGGGGGGGUGGGGGGGCUCCGUCGGGGCAGCCGGGUUGAUUCCGGCGCCUCGGCAGUACGGGAUAACCAAAAUACCAUAUCGCCGCCGGGCAAACAGUCCCCUAUUCUGUGGCAGAACGGGCAAGGAGCGGCGUAUGCAGGGGGGGCUGCGGCGGUGGCUGCGGCGGCUGCAGGCGAGGAGGCGUGGGCGGGCGGAGGGCGGGUCGGUGCGGCCUUGGAACGCGCUGGCGUCGGCGGCGGCACCGGCGCCGGUGGCAGCGGUAGCGGGUCCGUCAUGUCGUCGGUGGCUGGGUUAGAAUCGUCGCCGCGGGGUCACCCGGUCACCCCCGGCGACACGGCGGCGGCGACGACGCCCGUAGGCACCGGGGGAGGAGCGCGGAGAAGGGUCACCCCCACCGGCGCGGGCCGCUCUACCGCGGUGCGUGCGCCGUCGCCGCUAAGGUCUACCAGGGGGCUGCAGGUGCAGGGUCUGGGGGCGGAGGCCGGGGAAUUGUUCAGUGAGGAGGCGGUGACGCCGGUCGGCGAGUCGGGGGCGGGGGUGACGGACCUGCCUUCGGCGAGGAGCAGGCGUUCGUCCGCGACCGCGGGGGGUGGGGGCGGCGGCGACGGCUGCGGCGACGGUUGCGACGGUAGCGCGGAGGAGGAGGGCACGAGCGGAGGCGGCGGCACCAGCGUGGCCGCUAGGGUUGGUACGUGGCCACCGCCGUCUCCGGUGCCUUCUUCCACGCGGUUGUGGCAGAAGCGGACAGAGAACCACAUUACUCCCGCGCCGGCGCCGAGUCCCACACCCCCCUCCACCACGGCCGCCCCGCCCUCUCAAACCUCGGGCAGCAUAACCCAGAACACCGUCAAAUCCCUUGUGGAGUCCUACAAGCCCCCUCACUUGCAAGGGACGACGACCGCGUCCCAACGGCAGCAGCUGGAGCAGCCCGGCUCUGGCUCUGCUGUGUCUCGCACGCUGGUGUCCCCCUCGGUUUCUGGUCUCGCGGGGAGUGGUCCUGUGAGCAACGGCGACAGCGUUACCGGUGGCAGGGCGGGCGUGGGGCGAAUGGGGAUCGCGGCGGAAGAGAAGCUCGACAAUUACGAAUCGGCGUUGGAGGAGGAGUCUGAUUCUGAUUCGGCGCCAAGGAUUGCGGGCUCAGUCAAAGCGUGCGAGGGUGAUGGCUGCACCCUGGAGGCUUGCUGGGGCGACCCGCGGUUCCGUCCACGAUACUGUGCCAGGCACAAGAAGCAGGGGAACAAGCUCAUGAACCCUGUGGAGGCGGAGGAGGGGGACACAUCGGCCGCAUCCCCCGAAGCCUCCCCUCCGAUGGAACCGUCGCCGUCGCCGGCCAAACCGCUGACGGACUUGAAGCUCGGUGCGAAAGGCUUGCCGUCGGCACAACCUUUCGAGCCUCCCAACGGUGGCGGCGGCGGCGGCGGCGGUGGCGGCCACUCUACCGAAAGCGAUGGCUUGGAAAGCGAUGAGGACGAGGACGAGGGCUGGGAUAGCGGGGGCGGAGCGGCGGUUGUAGCGGCAGUAGGGGGGCGGCUGGUGGCGGCGGCGAACGGAGGCUCGAACCUCGGAGGGGCCAGCGGCGGCGGCGGCGGCGGCGGGUUUAGCGGAGGCGGGGGCAG